UUCCGUUCCGUAUUCUGGUAUCCAGUAUAUCUUAAUUCAUAAUGGGCACCAAUGCACCUUCUUAAUGAAAUUUCCACUAUGUAAGUAAUGUAAGUACAAUAUGUGUUUAGCGUACUUAUUCCUUAGAAAGAUGACAGUAAAUGACGGAUCUAAUUAUAAUAUUUUAUUUUAAUGACCGUUAUAUCUCAUAAAGUAUUAAAUUAUCAAUUAUCAAUAACAUCUGCUCUGCAUACAACAGCUGGUUAUAUAUAAUAUGGAACAUAAAAUUAAUGACAAUGAAUCUGAAGAUGAAACUUGCUCAAUUAACGAAACCAGGCGAUGUCAUGAUAAUGUUAUAGCAAAUAAUAAUAGUAUAGAAACACAGAAAUUUUCAAAUGAUAAGCGAAAGGAUUUUUUAAGCUGGGAUGACUUUUUUAUGGCUACAGCAUUCCUGGUUGCUAAACGUAGUAAAGAUCCUGUAACACAAGUGGGUGCAUGUAUUGUUACCCCGGAUAAAAAAAUUGUUGGUACAGGAUAUAAUGGAAUGCCUAUUGGUUGUAAUGAUGACGAUUUUCCAUGGUGUAAAAAUAAUCCUUCAAAGUUAAACAAUAAAUAUUUCUAUGUAUGCCAUGCUGAAAUGAAUGCUGUGUUAAAUAAAAAUUGUACGGAUGUACGUAAUUGUACGAUGUAUGUUGCGCUUUUUCCGUGUAAUGAAUGUGCAAAAAUAAUUAUUCAAGCAGGUAUCAAAGAAAUAGUGUAUAUGUCUGAUAAGUAUAGCUUUAAGCCAGAAAUGGUUGCCGCUAAAAGGAUGUUUAAAGCAUCAGGUGUAUCAACCAGACAACACAUUCCAUCUAAACAGCAUCUUGUAAUUGAUUUUUCGGAAAUAAAUUCAAAUAUGACACAAAUGCCUAAUACACCUGACAAAUCAAAUUAUAAAUAAUUUAAUUUAAUUUAUAAGUGUAUUUAACUCAAUUUAUUAUAAUAACCAAUAAUUUUUAAUAUUAAAAAUUACCUGUGAUGAUAAUCACAAAAUUAUUUCCUUUUGAAUAUUUUGUAUUAUCUAUUUGUACUUACAAUAUAUUAAAAAACCUAUUUUCCACUUCAAA